AUGGGUAGCUACACCUGCACGUGUAAGGCGGGAUUCUCGGGCACACAUUGUGAGAACGAUGUCAACGAGUGUUAUGCCAGUCCAUGCCAAAACGGUGGCACGUGUGAAAAUGUCAUUGGCACCUACAGAUGUUUGUGUAAGGCGGGAUUCACGGGCGAACACUGCGAGAACGAUGUCGACGAGUGUUCUUCCACGCCUUGCCAAAAUGUAGACACGUGUGUAAAUAGUAUGGGUAGCUACACCUGCACGUGUAAGGCGGGAUUCUCGGGCACACAUUGUGAGAACGAUGUCAACGAGUGUUAUGCCAGUCCAUGCCAAAACGGUGGCACGUGUGAAAAUGUCAUUGGCACCUACAGAUGUUUGUGUAAGGCGGGAUUCACGGGCGAACACUGCGAGAACGCAAAGAGACCUACAUAUAUUGAUUCUUUAAUUACAAUUCAGACGUGUUCACUGGCUCACAACACCUCAGGCCACUGUGCAGAAUGUUGCGGCACGGAUUUCUGCAAUGACCACGGCUGUGGGGACCCAGGUCUUACUGGUUUACCACGUGACCAAAGAGGACCCAUUUGUUUCGACUGUAACCAUGCGCUUACCAUUGAUGAGUGCACAUCAGUUCGACCCUGUCUGAAGCAUGAGGUAUGCGCUGUAGAGAAGUUUAACUGGUUUGGACAUUUCAACUUCAAACUUGGAUGUGUUGAUGCAACGUGUGGUCCACUGGACAAACGUUCAGUUCCGGUCUGUAAAUCGUGCUGUGACCAAGACUUCUGCAACAGGAAUUGCUCUGACCCGCACUCGCCCGUCAUAGUUGGCUGA